AUGUUUAGGUAUUAUGAAAGCAAGUCAAUCGCCGAAAAAUACCAAAAGUAUCGCCCUAGUUAUCCGGCAGAACUUGCGAAAAUAGCCUUGGAAAAUUUUUCAGAAAAAAGGUUGGACUUUUUACUUGAUGUUGGUUGUGGCGGUGGACAAGCUGUAGAAAUUUUUGCUCCAUUUUUUAAUAAAGUUUUAGCAAUUGAUCCUAGCGAAAACCAGCUCAACGAAGCAAGAAACCACAACAAAUUUACUCAUGUUGACCGUGUUUUAAAACCAGGUGGUUUUUUAAUAGCGUUUAGCUACUGGUCCCCAAAAUUGAUUCCUAUUGGUAAAAAUGUGGAUGUCGAAAAGUUGACAAGGAUUGGGUCUGAGAUUGUAAAUGAAGCAUUUAGUUAUGGUAUAAGAGGAAAUUCUGCUUUAGAGAAAAUCUAUUCGCUCGGUGAAAAUAGAUACAAUCAGAUUUUCAGUGAAAUGCCGCUGAUAAAAAAACGGCGUUACGAUGUCACUUCAAAAAGCAAUAUUUGGUCGCUUGAUGAUGUGAAAGGAUUUGUUCAAUCCAUUGAUGGUUAUGAAACGUACAUGAAAAACAAGGCCUUGGAAUUAAGCAGAAUUUCUGAAGAGGAACGUAAUGCGAAAUUAUCCGAACUUGAUUAUAGUAAAAAAGUUGUACAUGAGCUUAAAACGAGUUGGGACUGUGUGGAAAUGAAAAAUUCAGAUGUCAAAAUGAAAGCUGUCUUUAAUUUCUUCGUCAUCGUAGGAGAAAAAUCAACAUAA